GCCCGCUGCCCGUCUCCUGCCACCCGGGACCCUGGCGUGGGCUUCCCCGCGUCCUGGACUCGCGAUGGCCAAGCGCAGCUCGUUGUCCAUCCGCAUCGUGGAGGGGAAGAACCUGCCCGCCAAGGACAUCACCGGCAGCAGCGACCCCUACUGCAUCGUGAAGGUGGACAGCGAAGCCAUCAUCAGGACAGCCACUGUGUGGAAGACCCUGUGCCCCUUCUGGGGUGAGGAGUAUCAGGUGCACCUGCCGCCCACCUUCCAUGCUGUGGCCUUCUACGUGAUGGACGAGGAUGCCCUCAGCCAGGAUGACGUAAUUGGCAAGGUGUGCUUCACGCGGGAGACCCUGGCCUCCCACCCCAAGGGUUUCAGCGGCUGGGCCCACCUGACGGAGGUGGACCCCAACGAGGAGGUGCAAGGCGAGAUCCACCUGCGGCUGGAGGUGGUGCCGGGGCCCCGGGCCCACCGGCUACGGUGCUCUGUGCUGGAGGCCAGGGGCCUCGCCCCCAAGGACAGGAAUGGUGCAUCUGACCCCUUUGUCCGCGUGCGCUACAACGGCCGGACACAGGAGACCUCGAUUGUGAAGAAGUCGUGCUACCCCCGCUGGAACGAGACCUUCGAGUUUGAGCUGGAGGAGGGGGCGGCUGAGACGCUGUGUGUGGAGGCCUGGGACUGGGACCUGGUCAGCCGCAACGACUUCUUGGGCAAAGUGGUGGUCAGCGUGCAGAGGCUGUGGGCAGCCCGGCUGGAGGAGGGCUGGUUCCGCCUGCAGCCCGACCAGGCCAAGCGGCGGCGGCAUGAGGGCAACCUGGGCUCCUUGCAGCUGGAGGUGCGGCUGCGAGACGAGACGGUGCUGCCCUCUAGCUGCUACCAGCCUCUGGUGCAGCUGCUGUGCCAGGAGGUGACGCUGGGCGCCCAGGGCCCCGGGCAGCUGAUCCCCAUCAUCGAGGAGACGACGACUACCGAGUGCCGCCAGGACGUGGCCACCAACCUGCUCAAGCUCUUCCUGGGGCAGGGGCUGGCCAAGGACUUCCUGGACCUGCUGUUCCAGCUGGAGCUGGGCCGCACCAGCGAGGCCAACACCCUGUUUCGAAGCAACUCUCUGGCCUCCAAGUCCAUGGAGUCCUUUCUGAAGGUGGCGGGGAUGCGGUAUCUGCACGGCGUGCUGGGCCCCGUCCUUGACAGGGUGUUUGAAGAGAAGAAGUACGUGGAGCUGGACCCCAGCAGGGUGGAAGUUAGAGACGUAGGGUGCUCCGGGCUGCACCGGGCGCAGACGGAAGCCGAGGUGCUGGAGCAGAGUGCGCAGACGCUGCGCGCCCACCUGGGGGCGCUGCUGAGCGCGCUCUGUCGCUCGGUCCGCGCGUGCCCCGCCGUGGUCCGCGCCACCUUCCGCCAGCUCUUCCUGCGCGUGCGCGAGCGCUUCCCCGGCGCCCAGCACGAGAACGCGCCGUUCGUCGCCGUCACCAGCUUCCUGUGCCUGCGCUUCUUCUCUGCGGCCAUCAUGGCUCCCAAGCUCUUCCACCUGCGGGAGCGGCACGCGGACGCCCGCACCAGCCGCACCCUGCUCCUGCUGGCCAAGGCCGUUCAGAACGUGGGCAACAUGGACACGCUGGCGUCCAGGGCCAAGGAGGCGUGGAUGGAGCCUCUGCAGCCCACGGUGCGCCAGGGCGCGGCGCAGCUCAAGGAGUUCAUCACCAGGCUGGUGGACCUCGAGGAGGAGGAGGAGCUGGACCUGCAGCGGUCUCUCAGCCUGCCGGCGCCGCCCGUGAAGGAGGGGCCGCUCUUCAUCCACAGGGCCAAGGGCAAGGGCCCCCUGGGCUCCUGCUUCAAGAAGCUCCACUUCUCCCUCACCACCGAGGCCCUCAGCUUCGCCAAGACGCCCAGCUCCAAGAAGAGCGCCCUCGUCAAGCUGGCCAACAUCCAGGCGGCCGAGAAGGUGGAGGAGAAGAGCUUCGGCAGCUCCCACGUCAUGCAGGUCAUCUACACGGAUGACGCGGGCCGGCCCCAGACCGCCUACCUGCAGUGCAAGUGUGUGAAUGAGCUGAACCAGUGGCUGUCGGCACUGCGGAAAGUGAGCAUCAACAACCCCGGCCUGCUGGGCUCCUACCACCCCGGCGUCUUCCGCGGGGACAAGUGGAGCUGUUGCCACCAGCGGGACAAGUCAGACGGGGGCUGCGACAGGACGCGGUCGCGGGUGACCCUGCAGGAGUGGAGUGACCCACUGGACCACGACCUGGAGGCCCAGCUCAUCUACCGGCACCUGCUCAGCGUGGAGCCUGCACUACGAACCCCAGCGGCUUCCCACACAUGUGAAACCCGGAGGCGGUGCCCUGGCCGGCUGCCCCUCGGCCUCGUCUCCUGCCACCCUCCUCCCACGGGCCGAGCCUGCCGCAGCCCCCCGUGCCGUCUCGCUGCAUGGUGGCCGUGCCACCCCAGGCCCUUUGCACUUGCCGGAGACGCGCUUGCUCAGCCCUCCCCCGCUUCUGUCCCCAUCAGCUGUUUGCUCAUUUCCUGCUUGUCGCUUGACCGCGCUGAGCUGGUGCCCACUGCUGGAACCCCAGGGCUGCUCACAGGGCCUGGUGUGGCCCAGGCCCUCAGCAGAUGCUGGACAAGCGAAAAGCAGAUGGAGAAGUGUCGGGAACUGAGUCGCCCUGGGGAAGGUAGGUCCCUCAGUCGCCCUGGGGAAGCCCCUGAGGGCUCCCUGGCCCAGCUGCUGCGGAUCCUGCAGGACCUGCGCGAGGCCCAUGGCGCCCUCCUGGCCAGCACCCUGCCCACCGAGCCCAGCCGCCUGCUGGCAGUGCAGACCUGAGGCCUGCCCCGCCGUCCUGCCUGGUGCCGGGACACCGCUGCCGCCGUGCUCUCGGGCCCUCCACCUGGUCCCUGGCGUGCAGGAGCCAGGGACGAGAAGCCCCGGAAGUCAGGAGCUGGCAAGGCGCAGCACGGCUGACCUUGUGGCUCCAGGGGUCUGGGUCAUCCUCACUCCCCUGCGAGGCCUCCUCAGCCUUUGCUGCCCCGGGCCAGGCUCUCCAGGGACACCCCCCUACCCCGCCUUGCCAAGGGCAAGUCCAGCCCAAAGCCACCGAUGGAGGGUCCCCACCCAGGUGGGCUGCUCUCCCAGACCCCGGAGACCAGGCCUCCACCUGAGCGCCCCCUGGUUCCCAGCCCCCAGCCCCAUUCUCCCCUCACUGCCUGGCCCCGUGGUGAGGGUCGCAGUGUUCUGUUGCCGACAGACAAUAAACCUGCCGUGACAGCUGAGGCUCUGGGCUCUUGGGAUGAGGGUCCAGGGAGAGGACCCUGAGGUCGCUGGCCCAAGGACUGUGGCACCCCCUCACUUGGGAUUGGGGAUCCUCUCUCUACCUGGCUGCUGUCCCCACUGUAUUUAUGGGCCCCACCCCUACCCCUCACAGGCCACAGAGCCCCGUGGGCCUUCCCAGCUGCUGUCCGCACCCAAGCCCCUGGCCCCAAGAUGCACGAGCACCCCUCCCCACCGCCAUGCACACGCAGGUGGCACCUGGCCGGGCCAUGUCUGCUCCCGCUGCCAGGGUGGGCUCCAGCUGUGUCCACAGUGACUCAGCGCAAGGCACCACCCCCAGAGCCUUCAGCCCCCACCCCCUCCUCGACCGGCCCCAGCCCAUCCCUGGGCCCCGGGGUUUGUCUGAUGCCCUCGUCACCAGGGGCCCCCACGCUGGUCCCACUGUCUGCCAGGGUGGAGUCCAGUCCAUGGCCCAGCAUCCUGGGAGCUGGCCUGCCUGCCCUUGGUCAGUUCCUCUGGGGCUUUGCCAGCGCCUCCUCCCCCACCAGGCCCUGCCCCCUGCCCACCUGGAGCCCCCACGGCCUCCUGGGGCAGGAUGACGUCACUGGGUCACAGCAGGUGACAGAGGCAGGGUCCCUCACCCCAUGGUGCCCAGGCUACACCCUGAGCCCACCCCGCGAUGACCAGCAGAGGGCCACUGCCUGCUCUACAGUCAGACUGAGUGCAGGGUGGGUGGGGGCUUUGCGCCUCCAUGCGGGGCUCAGCCAGCCUGCUCCCUCACCCCAACAUCCCCUUUCCCCGCCCCACCCCCGCCCCCGGCGCUCACAGCCUUCAGCCUCCCUCCCAGAGCAGCACGGAGAACACAGUGCAUCUAUCCAUCCAUCCACGCCUCACUUGUUAGCCCAUGGCAUCUCUCUUUUUUUUU